GCUUAGAAAAGUGACCUCUAGUGACAAAGUCUUUUUAUAGAACCGGUACUUCUUUUUAGCAAUGGCAGCGUCGACUGUUGGUGUUAGCAGACUUUUACCGUACGCUUGUUGUCUGCGUAGAGCAUUGUCUUCAACAAAUCAGAGACUCUCAUCAAUCGAGCUGUCCAUUCAACGAUCUUUAUCUCAAUGGCACCUAGUAAGUGCUGUAGCCCUGGAGCGCAAGCCAGUUAUCAUAAAGGAAAAGUCACCUUUUGAAAAAAAGUAUUAUGGUAUGCUUCAGCAGAUGGAGCUGAAACAAAGUCUCUUGAGUGACCAUGAGCUAAGGAUAAAAGAAGACAUAAAUAGAGCAGAAAGAAUAAAAAAGGGGGAGAUUGAUGAAAGUGACUUAGAUGCAUCCUCUAAACAGACAGCCCAAGAUUUUGAAGAUGCUGCAACUGAAGAACUUCAUAAAUUUCAAGUAGCUUCUAGAGUUACAGAUGCUGAUAUAAAAGGUGACCAGCAUUCACUUGAGAGAAAAUUGGAUGCCCAUCUUCUGCUUGUGGUCAAACAAAAACUUGGGAAUGACCACAGAUGGGUGCUACCCCAAUGUAUUAGACUAGAGGGAGAAACAAUGAGGCAGGCAGCCGAACGGGUGCUUUAUGAAACCUGUGGACACAACUUAAAGGCCAUCUUUCUAGGAAAUGCCCCUGCUGGGUUCUAUAAGUACAAGUAUCCAAAAGCGGCUCGAGGUAACGGUAUUCUUGGAGCCAAGGUAUUUUUCUUCAAAGCCCAAAUCAGGAACGGAAAUGUCAGCCAGAAGGCUAUCCAGAACAACACUGAUGUUGAAGAUUUUCUCUGGCUGACCCGCCAGGAACUGACCGACAAGCUGCAGCAGGAUUACCUGAAGACUGUACACACAUUUCUAGUUGAUGAUGAUGAUGAAGUGGGCUUGAAUUAUGAGCUGGAGGAAGAAAGUGAAGAGCACAGACAGACAAGCAGACAGUGGAAUUAAUCAUACCUCCCAGUUUUUAAAGUGAGAUCAACUUAAAGCUUUUUAUUGGCAUCAAACUGUAAGUAAUUGAUAGUAAAUUGUACAGAUUCUAAAAGCAGAAAAAAAGUCAUGAUUGGUAGAUGUAAAGAACAACUUUGAAGUAAAACAAAGAUUAUCAUUACCAA